UAUAAUAAUUAUAAACCCAGUCGGGUUGAACAAAUUUGUGAUUAAUACUCUUAAAAGAAUCAUUUUGAUAAUAAAACAGGAUAUUUGAUACAAUAUAAUACUAAUACUAAUACUAAUAUUGGUAGGCAAUAAAGAAACGAAUGAAGAUAGAGAUGUCAUUGAUAAUACACAGAGCAACUACUCUCGUCUCCAAAAGGUAAAUAUAGUUACUUAUAAAUAACUUAGUUAAGUACUAGAAUUAUGUUAAAGCAAGAAACCCAAAAGUGUGACCUCCUUUAACUAACUCACAUUCUUUCAUGCAGACAUUAACCAAUCAGAAAUCGAGGACAGUUUCCAGCUGGUUUCUGAUUGGAUUAAAUCUUGCAAAAGAAUGUGAAUAAAUCAAAAGUGGUCAGAAUUUUAAGCUCCUUGCUGUAAGUUCCCUCUGGAAUAGGAAGUUUGAUCUUUGUUGGGCCACAUUAUUACUUAUGAUUGAAAAUAAGUUUAAUUGUGAUGGAUAUUAUCAUGAGGCCCAUGAUAAUUUUUUUACAACAUUGAAAACUAGUUUCCUCAUUCUUCUAUUUUUCUUAUUUUUUAGAAUUGGGCAGCCUGGAGAAAUCAUUCUUCAGCAGGUAAUUACAAUGUUAAUAGCAAAUUAAUCAAGCAAAGACUUCAUAGGGAUAACUGCAAGUACUGUCUUUCUAGUAGUUUGCAUUAUGGCCCUGAAAUAUAGACAGAAACAGAUAACUUCGCAAGUGAAAAUUCCAGCUGGCCAGGGGUAAACCAGUUGGCUAUUUAGAAGUGUGGCCAAGGAGUUUAACUCAGGACCUAACUGAGACCAUAUUAUACUGCUGGCAGCUAGUGAGGGUGGGACCUGAACUUUGAGCCUCCGUAUUGCAAGUCCAGCGCUCUAACCACUCAUCCAUGUUUCCUCUGAAAAAUAUGCCUAAAAAACAAUUUAAGACACAAAGAUUCCUUUAAGCCCCCACCCCCUCCCUCCCACAAAAACAAGUUAAGAUUAUUAAUAUUAAAAUAAUGCUCAUCACCCUUCUAGAAUACAUGGUAAAAUUUCUGGAACUGUAUAGCUCUGCCUUUUCUUGUUAUUUGUUAUACAUUUUUAUUCUUUUUUUAGAACCAGCCUCAUUAUCUGUUUGAGCUGCUAGAAGUGGUGUUUGACUUAUUUAGGGGUGUGGCCCAUGCUCAUGAGACUGUGCUUUCAGCCAUCAACAGAAUCAUUGUAAGUACUUACAGAUGUACGUUGUACCGGGUACUUUACAGAAGGUUCAUCCUUUACUAUUAGUAUGCACGUUUUGACAGAGGAGGUCACCUUUAAUUUAAUUUAAUUCGUUUCUCAUGGCAAAUCAAAAUCGUGACACAAAAUGAAACAGGUCGGCAUCACACUGGCAUCAACCAUAGCCACUCCGCACCAACCCCAGAAAGGCUGAACAUACCACCGGGUAGCCUGCGUGGCAGGCAUUCGAAAGGGAAGGGGAAGGGAAUUAGGGCGCGAGACCUUUCUCCCUCGUGUGCCCCCGCGCGCACUCGAGCGCCCAAAUUCCCCCUUUCCCUUCCCCUUUUAACGUCUGCCACGCAGACGCAGGCUAACCACUGGGCCCCUCUACUUUUUUUGCAGAUGGUCAGCGCCGAGGCAGUGCGUUCUCCUCAGUCAUUUUUAGACCCUUGUUGUAAUGUGUGGUUUGCCGGUCUGAAAUUAGGUAUACUUCAGGCAGCAGUUGUUAAAAUGCUGGAUAGCGCUAUCCAACGUUUGAACAACCGGGACCAGAACUGUUUGGGUCUGAAAAAGUGUUUUGGGCUUGGUUUUCAGGAAGCAAGCUGUACACCCCACCCAUAUUUACAUGGAAUACCCCCGCCCCCCUCCACCUCUAUGCUCAGUUAUGUUGGCAGCUCAGGGGCACAAGGGCAUAAGCGCUAUUUGUCGUAGGUUUGAUUCCCCUUUGGGCACUCAAAUGUUCAUGACAUUACAAAUGUGAAAACUUUCUCAUUGGAAUGCUUCUUACUCUCUCUUACUCUGGGUUUUCUCUUGAUGUUCCAGAAGGCACCUGGCACUCAGGUGGAUUUAGGGGACACAGACAUUUACACAAUAGAUGUUGUUUGGUCUGAGAUCCAGUUUGCCGUAAGUUGAAAUCUUAGCAAUCAUAGCUCAAACCAUCACUGAACCUCUCACAGUCUAGGAUUAGAACCAAAGUAAUAAGGCCCACAGACACGACCAAUUUCCAAAUGGCCCCUGGAAACUAGCAGAGAUGGUAUGGCGGUUUGUCGCCUGGAAACUUCGCAAUAGUUACCAUGAGCAUAUCUUGGCAAACAAGUGUUAAUGAUAAAUGUGCACAACGUUAAACACAUCAAGCUGGCAGAUAAGAAUGAUGUACAGUAGAACCCCGGUAAAUCGAACUCUGAAGGGAAAAUAUGAAAAACAGUUCGAGUUAGCGGGGGUUCCAGUUAUCGGGAUUGAUUUAAUAUGGCGUUCACUACUUUAACAACUGAUAAUUACUGAUUAAACAGCACUUCAGUGUGUAUGGUACAGUGCAAAUUUGCUUAUUUCAUCGAAAAUGCAUUUUUAUGAUAAAAUGCGAUCUGAUCGUUGCUGUAGGGUUAGUUUUAGUGGUUUUACCGAUUACACAACAAGAAGAGCUAAUGGGAUGGUUCUUAGAGGGCCACAAGUUUAUCAGUUUUUUCAUAACUGUCACGUGUUUACCCUCUUUAAAUAAAGGCGUUACCUUACCUUACCUUAAACCACUAGAUUCUUAUUAGCGAGUGUUUACUGUAGUCAAAUCUGUGUUGCACUGUACCUAAUGUUAAGGAUAAUCGGUAUUGCCCCACCAAAACAGCUUGUGUAACAGUAUUACUGUUUAUUACAGAUUCAAGUGUUACUAGGUGACUACCUGGAUGUUCAAAACACUGCAACUCAACAAGGGCCAGUGACGUUUUCUGAGUCCUCAAGGUAACCAGGCCGUUUCUUCAUUGCAUUUCGCUAUAUUAUAUACGACUAUGCACAGAAUUUCACAUUUUUGUGAUAAAUCAAAGAGCUUUACAGACCCCAAAUAUCUGUAGAUCUUGAUUGUCACAGAUAUUAGAAAGAUUUCAAUCUUUCCAACAAACCUCACGCUGAAAACAGAUGUCCAUCCAGUCAUCCCCACUAAUGGAACAUCCGUUGUUUGCUGGAAAUCUGGCGAUCGAGGAUAUUUAUUCGCUCUUGGCAAUUUGGUCUUUGUAUUUUUAUCAGCAAGACAUCUUAUAAGUGGAGUAAUAUAAAUUUUUCUUUUUUCGUUGUUGCUGUUUUUGUUUAGUGAUGUGGCAGAAUUCUUUACACUCAGGAGGCGAGGGCUAUUAAAAUCAGAUGAGCGGGUAAGAUUCCUGGUUUUCACUUUUUUUUUUAUCGAAAGGCACUAGAGUUUGAAUAUCUCAGACCUCCGUCUGCUUAUCUCAAGGAUUAAAUCAGCAUUUCACAGGUUCAAUUCCGGACCUUAUUUCUUCAGUCUAAUGUCUGUUAGAUUUUCAUUUAAGAGUCUUCUGUUAUUCUCAGAACUUAGUAUUGAAUUUCAAGGCAAUCUGUAAAUGAGUAGUGGCAUUUCAGGUAUGUUAAUAAUACUGAUGUCCAAGAUUCUUCCAGGUUUUUCCACAGGUUUUUUUGCUGUUGAAUCACCAUAGCCUUUUCGGAAAGUACCUACUGGCUACAUGAAUUUUAUGAUAACUGUCGAACCUUUUACCAUUUGGUUACUAGUCCAUGUGCUCUACCAAUAAGCUAUAGGAGCCUCGUGGAAGCUAAGGCCAUUAAGUCAGGCUCACGUGAAAUACAAUGUCAACCCAUGGAAUGUCAACCCAUAUGUACAUUGAUGAUACAAGCGUGAUGGUGAAUUUGUUUGUCCUCGUAACCGGCUUCUAGUGAUUUCUUGCCACUUUUUAUUUUUAGACUCCGUUGUAUCGGUUUGAAGGUUCUUCUUCUGCUAUAAGCAUGAACACGUACAUCAGAGAAAGACGGCAGGAAUGCAUGGCUGGAACAGCGGUAUGUUAAAAUCAAGGGUCCAGUCUGCAUUGUGGCUUAAAUCCAAGGAUAACCUUUCAUAUUUAUUUUUUUAGAAUGAGGACGAUGAUGACACGUAUGGGGAGCCACUACACAACACUAAACCACAGCUAUUGUGUAAACCAAACCCCAGAAAUAUUACAGGUAUAAAGCAUUAGAUUUUGAGUAUCCCACUCCUAGACACCACCGUAUAUUCUUGACCUGGCCCCAGAUGUUUAAAAGGUAAAUGACGCUAUCCUGUUGAUCAGUGCAUAACACAAUUAGUUUCCCUAAUGCUUAUCCACCGGAUAGUGAUUUAUCCGGUGGAUAGCUCCACCCAACGUUUGAACAACUGGGCCCUGGAAGUUGUGGUCUCGACCCAGAAUAAAGUUCCCGCGUUCUCUUAAACAAAGACACCAACUUGAGGCUUGCGGUGACAAAAUGCAAUACCCGAGAAUUUACCUCGUUUCAUUGUGCUUGCUCACUGGGGCGGAAUGGGGAGAGGCUCUUAACCCCUUAAGCCUCAGUAUCCACAUACAAAUUCUCCAAACUGAUCUCCAUACAUUUCCCUACAGAAUCAGUUGAGAGAAUUUGUUCAAAGAUCAAAGCAUUUUCCCUUAGCUGAUCGUUUUAUUUAUUCUCAUAAACGUUUCUUUUAAUUAUGUACUGAUAUUGUUGGGAGAUAAUUGAUGUUGGUCACUCUUCGGACUUAAAUGGUUAAACCAUAAUUUUACAGCCUCGGUUCAGACCAGAAACUUGUUCCAAAACUGACCUGUUGGUUAAUGAACAGGGAGGCUUUUUUUAAAGAAAAAUAUGUCAAGACUUCUAUUUCACAGUGUUAUUCUUAAAUUGGCUUGACAGGAUAAUUUGUUCUUGCAAGAAAAGUCCAUGAAUUGCUGCGACCAUAUUUCACUGGUGGGCUGGCAACAUUUGUAAAUACACGGGCAUUUGACGUGGAAAACAUGCUAGUCGAGGUAUCACUAAUGUACUUUUACAUUUAUAUAGUUGUGUUCAUCCCUCUGAUGACCUUUGUUGGUGAAAUUGAAGCAGCCAUUAAAAUGCAAGGAGAGUAAGUGUGUGUUUGUUUUAUUUAUUUAUUUAUUUAUUUUUUACACAUUUAAGUGAAAUAUGGCAUUCCUCUUCCCUGUCGACAUGAUUUAGUCAAUUUUCUUUUUUAACAGCUCAUAAGGUUGUAUUUUCCUUUGCAGAAUGAGAUGCACCUUGUAUGGCUUUAUUACCGAUUAUGUGAAAGAUAUUUUUGUGGAAGAAAUCUUGUUUGAUAUUCGAGAAAAACUGAGUGAGGUUACUCAAGGUACAGCGUAAUUUGUAGAUUAUUUUCAAAGACAUGACUUUGUUGCAAUAGUUCCCUUUAUGGAAGGAAUCUUGUUUGGUAUUCGCGAAAAACUGAGGGACGUUACCCAAGGUACAUAGGGGAUAAUUGUCAAAGACAAGAUUUUUUUGUAGUUUCUUUUGUGCCAGGCGUGUUUGGUUUUCCUCAGCAAACUUCAGCCCUUCCUUCAGCCUGGAGGGAAAAGUUGAGUUUUAAUAGCGCUACUUUUUCUUCACUUUCUUCAGAUCGAGACACGUUUAGAAGAACCACUGAUACUAACAGUCUGAAGGUCCUGGGAGCGAGUAGACCCCUACUGCAGGUAUCCUUCGGGGUGUUUAUCCUUUUGCAGAAGUGAAAAUAAUUAUAUGUUAUUUACGUUUUUGUAACUAUUUUUUGCGGAACAUCAUGUCGUAGGGUAUUUGGUAAUUAGGCAGAAAUACGACGUUAUAAUAUUAGCUCCAUUGCUACGAGAAAAAUCCAAAACGUCACUUACGAAAGAAGUCCAAAAUUAAGGCUAGGUUUAAACUAUAGCGGAUACCUUCUGCGCCGGCACGAAAAUCAUACAGGAUAGGGCCUCUGUUCACAGAUAAGAACGAUGUCAUUGUUCUUAUGUGUGAAUUUCGGCGCGAUUUCUAUAACGGUGCGAAGUUGCGCCGCGCCGAUCGAGCGUCACAUAUCGGAUUGGUUCUUUGCCACACUUUGAUGCAGUGUGAACAGGUAUUCAGACCGUACCGGAAGUGAAUAAGUAGAAAAGUGGACUGGAAACCACUUAGACGGAAGUAAAUAUCUAGGAGUAAGGACUGGGAUUUAGAGAACCAGACCCUCUUGGUCAACCGCUCUGGUGUUUAAACGACUUGUUUCAGUUCUGUGCUGUUGCUGUUUAUAACAUACCGAAUAGCUUUUCAUGUUGGCACCAAAAGCUAUUCGUUAUUGUGUAAACACAGCCUAAGCACGAAUUUCCUUACGUGUUAAAUAAGCGCGACUCAACCAAGUCUCAUUCGUAGAAACUCGUACAUUUGGUACAAUUCUUGUCUUGUCUUAAGAGGGGUCUGAUAUUUCGUCGUGUGAAUGGCACUAUUAUUGUUGUUUUCUGUAUUGUUUUUUUUAGUCGAGUGUCAUUUUAUUUCUUCAGAGCACAGCAACAGUGGAACAGUUAAUACAGGAUCUCAGGAAUCUCAUGCACAGUUUACCCAAUUAUGCACCCCAGUUCCUUGAAAUGGUUUGCAAGAUGCUCUCUAUCUUCAAAGAGAGUUGUUAUGAUGCAUACAAA